GCAGUCCAGUUCUACCUAUGUGCAGAAUCCUGAACUGGAAAGGACCAAGGAAUUGGAAUGUUAUGUGGAAAUGAAAAACAUUCCAAUGAGUGAAACCAAAGAAUCCCUGAUAGUGAAACUUGCGGAGCUAGAAUUGCCAAUACUAUAUCCAAAGUUGGUUUAUCAGAAUGGCUCCGAUACAGCUAUCUUAAUUUGUAAAAAUGUUGAAGAUGCUAAAAAGUUGGAAAAUAUGCCAAAGUCAGAGUUUAUAUUCAAGGGAUAUGAUGGAAAGAAGUCUUACACAAAAGUAUCAUGGAAUUUUCCAAAGGCUAAGGAUUUACAACAAGAGGACAAGAAAGAACUGAAGAAAAUUCAUGUAAAUGUUGAUGAAGCCACUGAGAAAAUUGAAACAUUGACAACUUAUCAACUUAAGUGUGCAAAGGCAAUACUUGCAAAAUAUGAUAAACAGGAAGUUACAGAAACACAAAAAGGUAUAAAUGACAAUGAGCUGGUUACAAUUGACAACAGCAUUGAAUUGGAAGCUUCAGGAGAUGUCUGGAAUAUUGUAAGUGAAAUAUGUAAAAAGGACAUAAAAUCUUUUGAGAAAAAUUUUGGACCUGUUAAAUUUGAAAAUUCAAAGAUUGUUAUACCAGCUCAUGACAGUGAUUUUGCUAAAAGUGAGGUACAGAAACUGACAUCAAGUAUACAAACAAUAAAGAACAAAGAAAUAACAGAUAUUGUUAUAAUUCAAGAGAAAAUAGAGCAGUCAGCUUUGCCUGACUACUGUAAAAAAGUGGAGGAAUCAUUUGGUUAUCCAUGUUGUGUCUGGAAUCAAGACAAAAAUAAACUAUUUGCAUAUGAUGAUACAUAUGAUAAGGCCAUGAAGGUAAAGCACCAUUUUAAUAUCACAUCUGGCCAAAUAAAACAGACAGGACAAAAUCGCCGUAAAAACAGAGGAGCAGCCCAAAUUCAAAGCAAUGAUGAUACUGCUUCAGGUGGAAUAACAUCAGACAACAGAUUUGCGAAUUCUUUUAAGAACAAAAGUUUUGAACAUUCUUCUAAGAAAACAAGUCUUAAUCAAAGUGAUAAAGAGCAGUGCUAUAAAUUUGGCAACACAUUGGUGAAAAUCUACAGAGGGGAUAUUGUAAACCUCAAUGUUGAUUGUAUUGUAAAUGCAGCAAACAAAUACCUUUCACAUGGUGGAGGUGUAGCUGCAGUGAUAGCAAGAGCAGCAGGUUAUAACCUAAUAAAAGAGGGGAAUGAUUAUAUUGCUCGAAAUGGUGACAUUCCAGUUGGUCAGGCUAUUGCAACAACUGCUGGAAAACUCCUUUAUAAAUGUGUGAUUCAUACAGUCGGUCCAAGUUGGUAUGAUUAUGAAAGUCGUUCUCAUGAUGAUGUUCAAAGAUGUAAAAAUGAUCUCUUUCAUGCCAUUUACAACUGUUUUACCAUUGCUGAAGGCAUGGAAUUGAGAAGUAUUGCUAUUCCUGCUAUAAGUUCAGCCUUGUUUGGUGUACCAAUGGAUAUAUGUGUUGAACAGUAUGCAAGAGCCACAUUGUCAUAUUGCAAGAAUGCUGCUGAAGCUACUGCACUCUCUGAAAUACACUUCAUUGACAUAAAGCCUGAAACUGUAAAAAUAAUUCAGGAGGCUUUCCAAGCUAAAGGGACAGAAGGGACACCAGUGGAAAUCACUAGGGGAGCAGAUUCAGAAAGUUUUGGAGCUACCAGUCUUAAAACAACAGAAGGUUUUGGAGCUACCAGUCUUAAAACAACAGAAGGUUUUGGAGCUACCAGUCUUAAAACCACAGAAGGUUUUGGAGCUACCAGUCUUAAAACAACAGUAAGCAAAGGUUCACAAAAGUUACCAGUGCCACUUGCAUAUGAAGAAGGUUGGAAACAUAAUGUUUUUUGCUUCCUUGAGUCAGAAAAGCUAAACAUUUUCUUUCUAAAAGACAUUUUUUCUGUGAAAGCUAAUGGAAUAGUUGUAUCAGUAAAUGAAAAAGGGAAGUGUGGUGCUAUUGGACAAGCAAUUCUCAACAAAAUACCAAAGUCUUACUUACCUAGUUUCAAUGGUGACUUUGAAAGAAAAGCAAGUAAAGGUACCAAGACAGGAGAUGUUAUAGUAAAUGGUGGAUACAGUUGUGGUUAUCCAGCAGUACUUCUUGUUGUAUAUCCAUAUGAAGCUAGACGUAAACCACAAGAUGAAAGACAAGCUGAUCUGGAAAAAGCAUAUAAAAAUGUUUUUUUGGCAGCAAGAGAUAAACAGAUACAUACAAUUGUUACAACAUUGUUUGGAAUAGAAUCAAACAAUGAUGAUGAGAUCAAAUUUGCUGCAAAUUGUUUCCUGAAGAGCUACCUAGAAUAUUGUAAGCAAAAAGUGAUUGAAAUGGACUCAUUUCAAAAGGAAGUGACAAUUGUAUGCCAGACAGAGCAUGCUCAUAGCCUUGUAUGUGAAGUUUUUAUGAAAGUAUGUUCAGGACCAAAAAGAUAUUUAAAAGUACAAGAAAAAUGCCUCAGAAUACCCUCAGGUAUGAAUUUCUUUGUAAAUUGUCCACCUUUCAAGCUCGCUUGA